GCACCCCUCUCCUCCCCCGGCGGGCUCGGCGGAGCAUUGUACUCACAUCCGGGGCUGGGUUUUGCUUUAAUGCGAAACGUAAUUAACCCGGAAAAAAGAGCCGAGAGACAAGAGAGAAGGAGGGGUGGGGGUGAAGGGGAGAAGAGCGAGAGGAGCGAGAGGCCCCGAGAGUUUGGCAGCGAGAUAAAGAAAUCCCCCGAGAGCGACGGCCCGGCCGGGCGGAGAGGCGCGUCCCACCCCGAUGUAACCCACCCUGCCCGAGCCCCGGCCGCCGCACGGCGGGCGGCGAAACUUCUCUGCGGGUUCUGGCGCCGGGAGCACCGGCCUCGCAACGACUGCCCGGGCUGCGGGUAGGGGAGGAGAGCGGAGAGCGUCCCAGGGUGAUGUGAGCAGAGCCCAGGAAUGCCUUAUGUGGAUCGACAGAACCGAAUCUGUGGGUUUCUGGACAUCGAGGAGAAUGAGAACAGUGGCAAGUUUCUACGGAGGUACUUUAUUCUGGACACCCAGGCCAACUGCCUUCUCUGGUACAUGGACAACCCCCAGAACCUGGCAAUGGGGGCAGGAGCCGUUGGAUCUUUGCAGCUGACCUACAUCUCGAAGGUGAGCAUAGCUACUCCGAAGCAGAAACCCAAAACUCCAUUUUGCUUUGUCAUCAAUGCCCUCUCUCAGAGGUAUUUUCUUCAAGCUAAUGACCAGAAGGAUCUGAAGGACUGGGUGGAAGCCCUGAACCAAGCCAGCAAGAUCACCGUACCCAAAGUUGGGAACCUGGCCCUGACUACCGAAGUUAUAAAAAGCCUACCAGCUCCUCCAGCCCUAGAGAAGAAGCCGCAGGUGGCCUAUAAGACAGAGAUCAUCGGAGGGGUGGUGGUACACACGCCCAUCAACCAGAAUGGUGGGGAUGGGCAGGAAGGGAGUGAGCCCGGGUCCCACGCCAUCCUUCGAAGGUCUCAGAGUUACAUCCCCACGACAGGCAGCCGUGUUCCCUCCGGGCCCCCCCUCAUUAAGAGCGGCUACUGUGUGAAGCAAGGGAAUGUGCGGAAGAGCUGGAAACGUCGCUUCUUUGCGCUUGAUGACUUUACUAUCUGCUACUUCAAGUGUGAGCAGGACCGAGAACCACUGCGCACUAUAUUUCUCAAGGACGUUCUCAAGACCCAUGAGUGUCUGGUCAAAUCUGGUGAUCUCUUAAUGAGGGACAACCUGUUUGAAAUCAUAACAAGCUCCAGGACCUUCUACAUACAGGCGGACAGUCCAGAAGACAUGCACAGCUGGAUUAAGGAGAUCGGGGCAGCUGUUCAGGCCCUCAAGUGCCACCCCAGAGAUAUGUCCUUUUCUAGAUCCAUCUCUUUGACUCGCUCUGGAAGCUCUGGCCUCUCAGGGGGGCCCAACUCUGUCCUGUGUAGGGGGCGGCCACCUAUGGAAGAGAAAAAAGCUCUCUGCAAAGCCCCCUCUGUGGCUUCCUCCUGGCAACCCUGGACCCCCGUCCCACAGGCCGGGGACAAGCUGCUUCCAGCUGAAGAGACUCCUGGGGACUCUUUGUUCAUGCCCCGGCUUGGGGAGAGCAGUACUUCUGGGGUGUUGCCCAGCUCCCGGAUAAGGCACAGGUCGGAGCCCCAGCACCCCAAGGAGAAACCAUUUCUGUUCAGCCUUGAUGAUGAGAGCAUACGGACUUCUGAUGUGUGAUAGGGCACAGUGCCCUGGGAGGGGGGAGGACUCAAGAAAAGGAGGCCAUGACUCAGUUUCCCUACAUUUUGGAGGACAGUCAGAGACCCUUUGGCACUCAUAUUCCUGUGGAUGCUAUGUGGGAGGGGCCCAUCCAGCUGGCCUGUUUUUUUUUUUUUUUUUUAAAUAUCAAUACAGUAUAUUUAACUUGGAAAAAUCACUAGGUUGGACCUGUAGGCACGCUCAGUAGACAACAGGUUGCCUCUACUUUGACUGUUCUAAGGUCUUCCUGGUGAGAGAAGGUUGGGAGUGCAAUUUCAUCCCUAACCAAGUUUUGUUUCCUUGUCCUAGUUGUAGUUCCUUCCUUUACUUUCCAGGCCAGGCACAGAAUCUUGGGCCAGUCAUCUGGUUUGUCCAAUUCUUAUUUAUUGGCUGAGGUCUGACUGUGAAGUAGGAAGGUCGUAACUAACCCAGCUGGCUUGCCUGGGAUACAUUCUGAGGGGAGGUGUUAAAAUCUGGGGGCUGGCAGGGAGCUCUCAGAAUGUCUACGAGGGUAGAUCCUCUCAGGGGACUUCUGUAGGGGAAGAAAUAGGGAAUCUCGUGUAAGGUAUGGGGUAAGAGUCAAUCUCAGCAUAUCAGCCAAUUUUGGGAAUUAUUCUGUUCUUGUCUAUGACCCCAAAUAUUGUCAAUGUGAGUGAUAGACCUGCCCACGCAGUUUCUGUGUCAGGCCCUGGGGAUGGGUUUAUCCGUGUUGAAAGUUACGACUGUUGAGACUAGAGCAGACAUUUCCAUUGCUAUGGCAUUAUUUGGAAGUUUGGAGGGUUGAUAAGUGUAGGAUAAUUCCCUUGCGUGAGAGAUCAGAUCUCUAUUUUAGGGUGUUAGAAUUGCUUUAGAGCAGGUCCUGGGAAAAGACGGGCAUCCAGAUAAACUUCAUCCAGAUAGACUUUUCUGAUCCGUGUUUUCCAGACAGAAGAAAAGGUCUGUUUUAGCACAGACAGAUUUCUUGAAUCCUUACUUCAUAGCUCUUCAGUGGGCUGAUAUUAGUCUAAUUUUAAGUGCUGUAUAUUAUAUAACCUGGCAGAUUUGCUUUCUUUCUACUCUUUCUGUUGCCCUUUGAAUGAAGCCUUGUGUACUUGCAUGAUCAAACCUUGUGACCAGAUCAGGUUCCCAGUACUUAAUAGUGAAGAGAUACGAGGAUAAUGUUGAGAGAUAUUUAUAUUUUUAAUAAAAUAGAAACUAUGCAAAGUGACAUUGAUUUAGAGGCUCUGCAUUGCUGACUAGAGAUUUCCCAGGUAGAAGAGCGUAGGUUGCAUUUCCCACCCAGAUUUUUAGGUGUACCUUCUUUCAUUUGACAAGAAGAUACUAUUUCCAGUGUCCCUGGGAGAAUUUGUCCAACUUAUGUGGUGAACUGCUAACUUAUCGGGGUGCCCUAAAGGGAGAGAAAAACUGACUCAUUUCUGUCUAUGCCUUUUAUCAGCUAGAUCAGCUAAUUACCUUUAAAUUAAAAAUCAAUCACUAGAGGAAGAUACCGAGAGAUGUGUUUUUACCUAAGUCAGUCCCUUCCGCUUCCUUAUGUCCAGAUCUAAUACAGAGGCAAAAACAUGUCAUCAGAAAUCCUUAGGGGCUUGAGGGAAAUCUUGUGUUCCUUGCAGGCAGUGUAACUCCCUUGAAGUCUAUGUCAUGUUGAGAACUUUUAUUGACCGCACUGCACUGGAGCUAUUCUUCACUUAAAUUGUUUGGCCUAGUGGUCCUGGUAGAAAAAAGACAUCUAGUACUGGAUCUCUCUCUCUCUCUCUCUCUCCUCUUUUUUGCAGACUCUUGUAGACGGUUGUCCUCAGAAAUCUGUGGUUUGGGAGUUAGUUAUUUAUGAGUGACCGAGGUUACAGCUUCAAGUAGUCUGAUAAGUAGUCAUUUCAGAUUCUUAAAGCUCCUUGUCUCUGAUUUCAUCUUCAGAUUUUCCUCAAGAAACUUCUUUGGCUAGGUCAAAGAAAAUACACAAAAAGUGAUAUUUGCACUAACAAAAAUAAGUUAGGAAAUUUUGAGAUCCCUUUAAACAUUCCCUAACUCAUGAAAGCUGUCAUCUUUUGGUGUUUAAGCUGUGAAAAUGUACCCAUUUCUCUUUUGUUAAAUAAACUCUCUGCUAGAAUACGCCUGCUGAAUUAAUUGGCCAUUAUAUUAAGCUGAUAUGUUUCUUAUUUCAGUAGGGUCUAUUUUAUGAAUGUGUUAAACAUACUUAUAAAUCUAGAUUAUAUUAUUAUGAUAGAAGGAAAACAAGGACUUUAGUUGGCAAAUACUUGGGAAUACCAAGUGAGAACAUUGCUAAUGUAGUUCCAACACCAGAUAAAUAGAAUUAUCUUCAGUGAAGUCUGUAAGCAUUCUCAUUCCCAAACCUUAUUUCAGAAUUCCUUUUGUGUCCAUAUUUCUUACCUUCUGGCCAAUUUCACAUCACAACUUUUUAACGUCACUACACAUGUGAGCCAAAGAUAGUGCAUAUAUAGUCAAAGCAUUUGGCUUUAAAUGUCUGUGGAACCAGAUGGAAAAAAUAGGGCAGGGAUGCAGUAUAGGUUAGUGGUUAAAUGCACAGGCUCUGGAAUAAAUCUGAGUUAAAAAAAAGGAACCAAAAAAGGUACUGCCAUUUUCUUUGUGGAAUAAAAACCUUCUUGGGUUGUGCUGUUUUCAUAAGACUAUUGAAGUGAUGUUGAUCCAGUUUGUGUAACAGUAUUACAGGUGGUCUUCCCUAUAAUUGAACUAUUUGCCAUCCACUAUUCUUGAGAGCUUAAGGAUUUGCUUACUCAAGCUCAGUUGGUGGUUGGUAAACAUGGUUUGACUUUUUGCAUCCUGUGAGACAUCAUAAACCUACUAAGGUGUAGAGUAGACUCAGGUCAAAAUAUUGAAAGGUAUAUGUUUAUUUCUGAGUAGAAUGCUGAGCUGCUCACUCAUAUGAGAAAGAGCAGAGGUAAGGCCCAGCUCUGUAGUUCACUUGAAGCAAAAGGUUUUUUUUUCCCUUGCUGAAUAUAACUGUGCUCAUAUGGGCUAAAAGGACCUAAAUAGAUUCAGUAGUUGAGCAGUGGGAUUUGAUGUUUGUUUUCACUGUUGACCAGUAACAGCAUUUUGGAAAUCGAGUUUCCCAAGUGAGCUUUGUUUAUAAACUUUGAACAUGUCAAAAAUGGAUAGUUUAGUAAAUCUUUUCAACCAACAUCACUUUUCUUUUCUUACUCCUUUUUUUCUGUUAUUGCCUGCAGCAGUCAGUUACAGUCACUCAUGCUAAGUAGAAUUUGAAUAAAGCUAAUGUUAGCAAAAAUAGACUGUUUGACCUCUCCCCCACUGCUUAUUGAAGUGUGGCAUGAUUUUGUGUUUUGAACCAGUACGUUUCAGCUGUGAAAUGCACUCACUGUAAGCACUGAGCUGAGUGCAUGGAAACUGUUACGCUUCUCAUUUUAUGUGAUCUCCUAAUUGGUAUGUAGCAAAAAAAUAAUUUUCUAAACCUGUUUUGUUGCUUGUUUUGUAAUAAAACCAUGUGAAAUACUGAAA